GGGGCACGUGGGUUAUGGUUGCCUGGAGUGUGCGUUUGGCGCGGUACUUGGGGCGGGAGGAGAUCCUUCCCUGGCCCCGCUGGGAAAGGCUGGGCUGAGGAGCUGGGCCGGGAGUACAGGCGGUGUCCGCUCGCUUGCAUCUUUUCAGACUGUCCUGUCGGGCCUCCAGCCGGACACACCUGAAGCCCCGCUACCCACCCGCUCCCAGCGCCCAUUAUCCGCCCACAGCCCAGGAGGGCUGGGCUCGGUCAUCCCCAACCCCGCCGCGGCCACCGGCCCUUGAGAUCAGCCCUCCCCACCUCCCGGUUCCAGGCCGGCCCAGGGCCCGAAGCCCACCCACCCGCGCCUCUAGCAGCCGCUCUUGUCCUCUGGGUACGGCUCGCGGGAGUGUUGGUUACCAUGGUGAAGCUGGCAGCCAAAUGCAUCCUGGCAGGAGACCCAGCAGUGGGCAAGACUGCCCUGGCCCAGAUCUUCCGCAGUGAUGGAGCCCAUUUCCAGAAGAGCUAUACACUGACAACAGGAAUGGAUUUGGUGGUGAAGACAGUGCCAGUUCCUGACACGGGAGACAGUGUGGAACUCUUCAUUUUUGACUCUGCCGGCAAGGAGCUGUUUUCGGAAAUGCUGGAUAAAUUGUGGGAGAGUCCCAACGUCUUAUGUCUCGUCUAUGAUGUGACCAGUGAACAGUCCUUCAACAACUGCAGCAAGUGGCUGGAGAAGGCUCGGUCACAGGUUCCAGGCAUCUGUCUCCCAGGUGUUUUAGUUGGGAACAAGACAGACCUGGCCGGCAGACGAGCAGUGGACUCCGCCGAGGCCCGGGCGUGGGCGCUGGGCCAGGGCCUGGAAUGUUUUGAAACAUCCGUGAAGGAGAUGGAAAACUUUGAAGCCCCUUUCCACUGCCUGGCCAAGCAGUUCCACCAGCUGUACCGGGAGAAGAUGGAGGUUUUCCAGGCACUGGUGUAAAGGCCAGAGGGGACCGUGCCAUGCGACCAGAGAAGAUAGAAUUACCUCUGCACUUUUAAUAUAUAAUGACGCCUUUAAAUAAAAUUAGAGAAGACGU